AGAGUUCAAAAGAAAAAGGGAAGCAAGCCGAUCACAUGCCAAGACAACAAUGAUGUCUCAUAGCGUAUCUUUGAAGAUGAUGUCUUAGCUGCACUUUCUCAAAUCUUGCUCAUUGCUUAACACAAUGACACACACACAAGAGAUGUCUACAAUAUUUUGUGGAGGGGAGCUGCAUGAAGAGCCAAAGACGUUUGCGAUUGGUGCUCAGCCUGAAAAAGGUGCCAAUAUUUCCUUUGGUUAGAGGGGAACGGAACAGAUUUGAGCUUGAUUUCACAAUGCUUGAAAUGAAUGACAGUGGUCCAAGCAUGUCUGUCUGCCAUGCAUUAACUGCACCAUAGGCAGCAGUACACUUAGCUACUGUCCCCUGGGAGCAGCACUCACUCUUGGAUCGCCAGUACGUGUGCGUGUGGGCGGGCGGGGGCAUACACCGAGAAGAGCCAGAGCACAUUUGCAGGAGCAUCAAGGCAAGACGGGCGCUCCCCCCUACGCCAACUGUCAGAGCUCUGCAUCAGCGCAAGAAGAAGAGGACCACGAUGAGAUCCACGCUAGACAAGCAAGCAACGGGCCCCGCCGGCAGUGAGCUGAAGGCGUGCAGCGACUACUUUUGGAAGCUCCUUCCUCACGUCAUGCUCUGGCUGUCUCUGGUCCUUUACGCAGCGCUGGGCGCACUUUUGUUCCAAUACGUUGAAGGGAGAGCACCUCCGGCCAAGCAGGAAUACCAUGGCUUCUUGGGACACAUGAUCCGCCACGUCCAGAAUCUCACCGGUAACACAUCCUACACUCAGCAAAACAUAGUGGAGGAAGUGGAGCGUCAAAUGAACGAUGGUUUUCAGACCGUAUGGCUCCAACAACCUGAGAGCUGGACCUUCUUUGGCUCCAUGUUCUUUGUGUGCACAGUCUUCACAACGGUUGGCUACGGGGCCAUGUAUCCAGUGACCCUCCCCGGUAAGGUGCUGUGCGUCUUGUACGCUAUGGUGGGCAUUCCGCUCAUGCUCUUAGUCAUGCUGGAUAUUGGAGACCUCCUUGCUACGCUGCUCACCAGAGCCUACGUCCAUAUUCACGCCCUGACCAAAGUCCUGCGCUCACACCGCUGCUUCCAGGUGAAGGCUCCCAAAAAAGCAAGGGAGUCCAACCAUCGGACCUUGGAAGACGGCACGGCCGUCUUCAGCCACGACGUUGCGCUCGGCCGACGAGCCAGCAUCCGCAAAGUGUUGCAAAGGCGAGUGAACGUGAAGUCCGGUUCCCUGCAGUUGCAAAAAAACCGAGAAAUCUUUGACAAGAUUGUCGCCAAAGAGAAUCUCCUGCAAAAGGGCCGGCGGCGGGCCCCCCUGCUCAGGAGCGCGUCCUGCCCGCAAUUGAAUCAAACGGCGCCAUUACCCAAAGGAUUUGCCAUUUGGGACUUUGCGGCAAUAGGAGACACGAUGGAAACGCUGGACGUGCCAUUUGCGCUGAUUCUUUUCAUCGUGUUUGCUUGCAUCUUUCUCGGCGGUUUGAUUCUGCCGCUGUGGGAGACGCAAAUGAAGGGCUUUGACCCUUACUACUUUUGUUUCAUCACAAUCACCACCAUCGGUUUUGGAGACAUUGUGCCUCAUCAUCCCAAAUUUUUCAUGCUCACCUCCCUUUUCAUUAUUUCCGGCAUGGCCGUCAUGUCCAUGGCAUUCAAGCUGAGUCAGACACGCCUCGUCAAGUGCUACCGCCGCUGCGUCGAGAUCGUAAGCAUCGGGAACAGCGAACACAAGAAGUGAGUUUCAAACUUUAGGAUGCCAAUUGACAAAGAAGCACCAAGCAAAAAGUCUGCAAUCUUCGGGGUAUCUUGUCUGUCUGUCUGUCUGUCUGUCUGUCUGUCUGUCAUGUUGGGUAUUUUGCCUACUGGUGACGCCAUUCCGUUUCCACAGUCCUCUCAGGUAGAAUUUGCCUCAUCCGGUAUUUGACAAGAAAGAAGGCGCUGGAAUGAAUACGUAUACGGCGCUCGUUGCAUCUCGUCUCGUCAUUCCAAAAGUACUUUUAGUAGUAGCUAUGGAUGAUUUUUCAAUGUUUACAUCCAUCCUUCCGUAGCUCAGAGUCGAAUCGUUUUGGAGCAUCCU